AUGCAUAAGUUGAUGUACAAUUGGUUUGAUUGCUACACAAGGAAGGUGCAAUUUUACGCCUUUAUUGAAUUCCAAAGGAAUGGCCUUGCUAGAGACUUCCUCUUCGCAGCAUAUUACACAACUUUUUCCCCACAGCUUUUCCGCUAUUGGAGAACCAGCUUUGAGAAUGAACAUACAUGGACUAAGUUAAGGUUACAAACUUUGAUUUAUCAUAAUUUAACCAACUUAGAUCCUAAUGACUUAGAACUUGAAUCACUUGUCCAUGAAGCGUUCGUGUACUUGAACUCAGAAAAAGAGGAAAACUACACAUGGGCUUUAAGGUGUUUACAGUCAACAAUGGAAGAGUGCACUGCUCUGAGAGUUAUUGUCACGGACAGGGAGUUGGCGCUUAUGAACUCGUGUGCAGUGGUAAUUUUACAAAACCAUCCAACUGCGAUUAAUUACAUCGAAACUGUAUGGUUGACAUCAUAUAAGGAGAUAUGCAAGUAUAGAAAAUGCUACUGUCUACCAUGUGCCCACGAGAUUGCAAUACAUGUGAAUGAUGGUCAACCUAUACCACUUGCUUCCAUUGAUACAUUUUGGAGGAAACUUGACUUGUCGCCAUGUGUUUCUCUACUCAAUGAUGACAUUGAUUGUGCCGUCAAGGUACAAAUGUUCACAGAACAAUUUAAGAAGCAGUUCAAACCGGGUAAAUUCAGUCUACUAAGGAAGCUGAGGGAGAUAAUCAAACCGUCUACAACUUCUGUUCAAGAACUAGCUGUUAAGACAAAUACUCGUGGACGCCCACCAACGAAGAACAGGGUGGUGAAUACCAAGCAAACGACAGUUAUUCAUGAUCAAGAACCAAAUAGACAUAGUUAUUCAUACGACCGCCCCAUCUCAAAGCAAAAGGCAGUUAUUCAAGAUAAAGAACCAAGAAUACACAGUUAUACAUACGAACGCCCUAUCUCGAACUUGAAGUCAGGCACAUCGAUUCAGGGAAAUUUGUCUGCACAAAUGAGUUCAAGGUCUGAAAGGAUAAACUACUCCGUAGAUGGCUAUGUUCGUCAAUUUGCACCUAUAUUGCAAGAUUACAUCAAACAAGUAGAAGAUGUAAUACCUGAUGGAAAUUGCGGCUUUCGAGCAAUAGCUGUCUGUCUUCGUCUUGGCGAAGAUGCAUGGGCCACCAUCCGGUAUAACUUGAUGGAAGAGUUGAACACAUUCUGGGAUCACUAUGUUACAAUAUUUGGCAGUGAAAAGCGAGCAUAUCAUAUUCAAAACUCAUUGAACUUCUUUGCAACAGAUAGAGGAGCACCGAUUGAGCACUGGAUGACAAUACCAGACAUGGGUCUCUUAAUUGCUUCGAGGUAUAAUGUCAUACUACACGUUCUUAGUCAGUUACAGAGCUUGACAUAUUUGCCACUUCGAUCAACUCCUCCACCGCUAUAUCAACAUGUUGCUAUAGCUAUUGGGCACGUAAAUAAUAAUCAUUACGUUCGGGUUGCGUUGACAGAGGGUUAUCCGAUGCCUCCCAUUAUGUAUCAAUGGAAACACUUCAGGUAUGAUUGUGCAGCUACAUGGGCUACAUCUUAUAUGGAACAACUUGAUGCGUAUAUACAACAUACUCGUUCUAGGUUCCCUCCCGAAACUAUUACGUUAGAAGAUUAG